AUGACGACAAUCGUUGAGAAGACGCCAGAUGGUAUCAUAUACAGAGCAGCUAAAACGUAUCCUAUACCAGACGUUGAUAUCCUGACGCUAUUGUUCGAUUCUGAGGAGUCUUUAAAGAAUCCUGACCAGCCAAUCCAUAUCUCAGCCGCUGACCCAACACUCACACUAACCAUCUCGCGGGCUCGCGACCUCACUCACGCAACGUCAGCAGCUCUCCGCAAACACUUCGACAUCGGCGUCCAAGGUGCAGGUCAAGAUAUAUGUUCUGUGAUUUCCACGGGCCAUUAUUUGCUCCCCGUUCUAGCAUACGGUAUCAUCGGUGCAAGUGGUGUUCUUUCGGCUGCAUCUGCAACAAGCACAGCCAGUGAGCUCAGUAAGCAAAUCCAAGGCGCUCAAUCAAAGAUUUUAGUCACUGUUGAAGCCACCAAAGACGUAGCGAUCAAAGCUGCAGAGGAGGCUGGAUGGGGAGCAAAUGGCGGGGGACGAAAGAAUGGGGAGUUGGGAGAGAAUUUGAUCGAUCAUGAUCAAAAGCUGCCUUGGGUGAAGAUUACAGAUCCACGGGAGUUGGAGAUUAGCCUCGUGGUCUUGAUCUACAGUUCUGGGACGACUGGGUUACCCAAAGGUGUCAUGCUGUCUCACCGGAAUAUGGUAGCAGAAGCCGUCAUCCCAGGCGACAUGUUCAAAGAAUGGCUAGCGCAGAAUCGGCCCAACUUCGAAUAUCGAACCAUUGCCCACUUACCAACCGCUCACAUCGCAGGUAUCCAAGGCUACCUCAUCAAUCCAUUCUACAUGUCCGGAUCUGUGUACUGGAUGCCCCGUUUCGACUUUGUGCAGUUUCUCGAAUACAACGCGAGAUACAGGAUUACCUUCUUCUUCACUGUACCACCCAUCUACCUCCUCAUUGCCAAGUCCCCAGCAGCAACAGAUCAGUUCAAGACGCUCGAAGUCGCCAUCUCGGGUGCCGCGCCACUAGGCAAAGAGCUCCAACAUGCUGCUAGUCAAAAGCUCGGUGGUCCCGAAUGCUUCAUCAGCCAAACAUGGGGUCUAUCUGAGACAACAGGUAGCGUGACCCUUAUGCCCAUGGAUAUGAAAGACGACACGGGGUCCGUCUCUGCCCUCAUCUCGAACAUGCUAGCCCGCAUCAUCGACGAGAUCGGCAACGACGUGGAGCCCGGCCAACCCGGCGAAGUCAUUGUCAAAGGGCCCGUCGUGUGCAAAGGCCACUACCAAAACGAGGCCGCAAACGCUGAAGCCUUCACUGGCGACUGGUUCCACACGGGCGACAUUGCCGAGUUCCGCAACGGCCUGUUUUACAUUGUCGACCGCAAAAAGGAACUCAUCAAAUACAAGGGCAUGCAGGUUGCGCCCGCCGAGCUGGAAGCCUUACUGCUGAGCCACGACGACAUUCUGGAUGUGGCGGUGAUUGGCGUCGAGACUGAUGAUGGGACGAGCGAGGUACCCAGGGCCUAUGUUGUUGCCGACAGUAGGAAGAUCACUGGAGAGCAGAUUGUAGAGUGGGUGAAGGGGAGAGUGGCCAGUCAUAAGCAAUUGAGGGGUGGAGUUGUGUUUUUGGAUGUUAUUCCGAAGAGCCCGGCGGGCAAAAUAUUGAGGAAAGAUUUGAGGGUGUUGGCAAAGAGGGAGCAUGGUGCUAAGUUGUGA